GGGGAUCUGGCGCUCUAGCUUGUAGUUGUGAAGCCUCCUUCUUCUCUGUCUACACAGACGUACAGUGGUAUCCAGUCAGUGUGGUUCGCUCUCUGGUGCCUUGUAGCCGCUGCUGCUCCUCUGACUGCUGCUGAGAGGAGAAAACAUCUCUGAGACUUCAUUUAGCGCAAUCAAUAGCCAAUGGGGGAAAGGUUAGAUUGUAAUUUUGUAAACUUACUGGUACCUUAAUUGGAUCAAUCAUAGUUUUAGAGGACGCGGAUUUAGGAAAUUCAGCACUUAUUCGCCAAGUUUUCAGAUGGGGCUGUUAGAGGAAGAUAUGGCAUUCUACUCCAAGAUACCUGUGCCACUGGAUAUAAUGGUGGCUGUGGUCUACUCUGUUUUUGGAGUAUGUUCACUGUUUGGAAACAGCACGCUACUGUAUGUCUCCUACAAGAAAAAGCACCUCCUGAAACCCGCCGAGUACUUCAUCAUCAAUCUAGCUGUUAGUGACUUGGGCCUGACUCUGUCCCUCUACCCUUUGGCAAUAACUUCAAGCUUCUACCACAGAUGGCUGUAUGGGAAAACAGUGUGCUCCAUAUACGCUUUUUGUGGCAUGUUGUUUGGCAUCUGCAGUCUGACCACUCUAACCAUGCUAAGCAUGGUGUGCUUUGUGAAAGUAUGUUAUCCGCUCUAUGGGAACAGGUUUAAAUCUGUUCACGGCCGUCUGCUUAUUGCCAGUGCUUGGGUCUAUGCACUGUUGUUUGCCUGCUCCCCACUGGUCCACUGGGGAAAAUAUGGACCAGAGCCCUAUGGAACCGCCUGUUGCAUUGACUGGCGCCUGUCCAAUCAGCAUACCAGAGCACGCUCCUACACCGUGGCACUGUUCAUCUUCUGCUACAUCCUUCCAUGUGGUGUUAUUGUAGCAUCAUACACAGGCAUUCUGGUCACAAUGCAUGCAUCCCGCAAGAAUAUGGAGCAGCAUACAUCGAGGCAGAAACACAUGAGCAGCAUCCAGACAAUUAUUGUUAAGCUAAGUGUUGCUGUCUGCAUCGGUUUCUUUGCGGCAUGGACUCCAUAUGCUGUGGUGUCCAUGUGGGCUGCUUUUGGACACAUUGAGAACAUCCCUCCUCUGGCAUUUGCCAUGCCAGCCAUGUUUGCCAAGUCCUCCACCAUCUACAACCCAAUCAUCUACUUAAUGCUGAGGCCAAACUUCCGCAGGGUGAUGCGCAGGGACAUGGGUAAUCUAUGCCACGCCUGUCUGAAGGGCUGCCUCUGUUCCGAGGGACCAGCUAAUUGCUGCUCCAAGCCAGAGAUCAGGGUCAGAUUUCGCACAAACCACAGACAGACCAACCAAUUCCCUUCAUCCAACUUCUCUGCUCAACCUCCUAUGGUAGCAUUAAAGGAACACAGCUGUGAGCAGUGCAAGGAUGCUUUUGAAUGCUUCAGAUACUACCCUCAAAUGUGCAGUGUCACUAACUGUGCUGCCAGUGGAGACUCAUCUAAGGAUCAAGACCCUCCAGUUCCCCAAACACAUAAGCAGAAGACUCAAAGUGUGUGCCACGAGAAGUCUCUGCUGGCCACCAUGUGCGCAAAAAGGACUUCAGAAAUAGACAACUUCCAUAUUAAUUUAGCAAUGGUUCCAGGGCAUGCAAAAGUGGCUUGGCCCUGAUAUUUCUCUCAAUUUAUAAUGUUUACAGAAUAUCUCUGGACAUAUUUUGCAAGUUAUGUUCUUUCAGAUGUGAAAUUACUUAAUCUAUAUUUUCAGGAAAUCUUGUUCAGGAAUGUACCAUAUGCUCCUCCUGUAGGCAGCAGCCAUGUAACUUAUUUAUUUUGUGUCACCCACUGUGCUUUACGUAUGCUAAUAUGACAGAAUAGCUUUGAGGUUAAAUGCAGACAGCUAUAAUUUGAAGGGUAUUUCAUUUGCAACCCAUAAACAAUCUAAUUAUGUUGCCUUUGUAAUUUUUGCAUGUAAUGCAUCUCUGACGUGUUAUUUUUGGCUUGGCAUUGAACAGUGUAUUGCUAAUUCAGUCAAACUAGCCUCUAUAUCAUUGUGUCAGGGCUACGUGGCUUAAGAUGGAUAGGUUUGGACGUUUUCCACCUAUUCAUUUCCCAGUCAGUGUCAAUGCCAGUCUUUAAGCUCUGGUUCAGAUUCAGAUACCUUCUGAAAGUAUUCAAUCCCCUAGGCUGCAUUUUAAGUGUUGCAGCAAAUUUCUAUUAAAAUUGAUAUUGUACCCCCUCAAACAUUCCUUGAAGCACUACUGGCAGCCUCAUCUGUCUUGAUUUACUGUAUGUGUGUAUGACCUUAACACAGCUGGAUUUAAGGAAGUGCUCCAUCUUUACUUUGAAGUUUGCAUAAACUGGGCCAAGUUGGAUGAAGAGCAACUUUCAAUUUUUACAAUAAUUUGGAUGCAUCUUGUUUUAACUGUGAGCGUCACUUUAAAGCUCCUGAAAACUUUCAAAAGUAUUUCUCUAUAUGGUUAAAUAUUCAUGAUUAAAUAAGCAAAAAUCUAAGUUUAAAAAACAUCUUUAGGUAUUAUUUAUUAAGAGUUUAUCUCAAAAAUUCAGCUAAUCUGUUUAAUCAGUGAUGAAACAAUCUACUUACACCCAUUCAAUUCUGAUUCAAAUGUUGCUAAAUCCUGAUUGGUGCAAGUACAUCACCUUUUUCCAAACCUUUUUCAAAAUCAGUGAGAGGAGCACAGAGAAGAACAUAAAUAUAUAACUAAAUAAUACCAACUGAUAACUGUUGAUCAUAUGGCUAAUAGUACCCUCAAAUUAAAGCUGACAUUCUGCACUUUACCAGUACAUCUACAUGUGAACUUAGUGCCAUCUCAUUUCAAAAGCUGUUAACACUUCCUUCACCAUGCCAGCCCAAGUAUUGUUUACACUUGACAACUGCAGGUAUAUAGUUUAUGGUGCUUGAUCAAUUAUCUAUGUACAUGGUGUAGCACUCAAUGCUGCUGCAUAACACCAUUAUUAUGGCACUGCACAAUAUUGUCCAUCUACCCGUCCAGAACUUCAAGUCAUUCUUUUAGUGUACAAUUAAAAUGGAAUAUGUCUUUAUACAUUUAUUUAACUACAGCAGAGGCGAAAGGGCAGAAAGACCAAUGAAACAAACCAAUACAAUCCAAAUAAUGCAGUUGUAGAUAAAUUCAUUAGUGGAGAAAGACUAUUAAGUUCAUGCUGUCUGUAAUUGUUGUGUGUAAAUCCAUUGUGUAAAGUAAACAUGACUGGAAUGGGAUUUGGGCAGUCACUCAGGACCAAAGCCAUCUUCGACAACGCAAGCUAUUGUGUCAGUUUCUCAGCCAUUCGCAGAAUUGUUACCCUCAUAGCUUAUCCCAUGGAUCUACUGCUAUUUCAUCUAAUCUAAUUAAAACAUAAUUGCUGUUUUACCUUUUUUUUUAAUUACUUAUCAUGUUGUAGGUUUAUGUUGCAAGGCAUAAUGCUUUUGAUUAACGAAAGUACUUAAUUAGAUUUUAUCUAUCAAUCAACAGGGUGCCAUUUUAACAGCAUCCCUAAAUCUAAUAGAAAACAGAUGUAAUUACUGGAAAGCCUGUCCACAUUUGUAUCCCAGGAUCUUAUCAUUAAUUGUUCAUGGCAUGGAGGGAUUAAUUCUCUUAUGUUUAGUGAAGAGAUUAUUAAACUCACCAGGUAAGAAAUAUCAGCAGUGGCUGUUUGAUUUGCAAAAGUGUACUAUCAUCACAUCUGUAAACCAUUAAAAGGUCCAUUAAAAUGUGAUUUCAAACAGUCAAUGACAACAGUAAAAGGGAAAAUGUGUGGACAAAUAAACUUUUGUUCUCAGGAAAAAUUAUCCACAUUCUACAUUAAUUGUAUAAUACAAAUGUCAUGUAAUAAAAGCCUGUGUAUUCAGACUAAAGACUUUUUAAUGUCUAAUUUAGGGGUUUUGUGUUAUUAUUGUCUACAGGUCAAACAAUACACUUUAUAUGUGGCCCUAUUACAGUCAUUUAUAAAAACAAGACUGAAGUCAGGUUCAGCCUUGGUGUUUUUCCUGGGUUGUAAUUGGUGGAUACUGACUUGUUGUUGACCCAAUUCCAUGGCUUGGUCCAGUUGCUUUGAAGGGCAACGGUGUCCUUCAAUAGCAACGUCAAAAGUCAAAUGCUUUUUAGUAUGCAUAUGCUGACUUUUUUGUAUACUAUAUUUUGGCUCUUUCCCACUACAUUCUCAACACUAUCUUAGAUUUAGUAUGUAGUAUGGAAUUGUGUAAAUGUAAAUGUGUUCAUGUUUUCAGUGUACUGAUACCCAUUAACUAGUUGCAGGGGAUAACCAAUAAGAUCUGAAGGAAAUACUAAACCAGUAUAAGACCCAGUACACAAAAUUACAGAGAAUUUUGUAAUUAAACAGAACAUGACAUUGACACAUCUCCAAGGCAAUAUGACUGGAUGGUAAGAAAAGCUUGGAAUCCAAAAUGCUUGAUACAGCACAGCAUCAUCUCAUCAGCUUAAAGAUAAUCAGAUAUCAUUACAGUAAGUCGACACACUGAACAAUCAAACAAGUAGCUAAUUAGUCAUUCAUGCAGUUUUACUGUAACUUGGGGAAAUGGAAGCACAUAAUCCACAGAGGGUAUAAAAAUUAAAAGAAACAGUUUGAGGAUGACAACAAUAAUACACAUGUACAAGUGGAAUACUGUACUAAAGCUUCUGUCCUUCUGUACAAAUUGCAUCCCCCCCAUGACUACUUAUGUUUCUUCUUCAGCUUCUUACAGACUCAUUGACUUUGCCUGUUCGGUGUUUGGAGUCAUGGUUGUGUUGGGCUGAAAUAAAAUAAAUGUUUACCACACACCAUUUUAUUGUCCCUGAAUAUGAGUUCAUUAUUCUGUUAAAGCUACAGUA